AUGCUGCAGUCCCUUAGCCUCGAGGACCACGACCGCACCCUCACCCGCGUGACCAAGCUGGCGCGCGACGGAGAGAAUUUCGCGACGUGGAAACCAGAGCUGCGUGAGGCCAUUUCGGCCAAAGGGCACUUGCGCUACAUCGACGGUCGUGCCAUCCAGCCUGUCAAGCCUUCCCCCCUUGGCGCGAACGCCACCCAGAAGGAGACAGAUCAGUACAACAAGGAUCUGGAGGCCUGGGACACGAAGUACGAUGCAUGGGUCCAGGCAAACUCCAAAGUCCGGACGAUGCUCUUCUCCACCAUCCACGAGACACUGAAGAUCAAGAUUCUGUCGCUGACGACCGCGCAGGAAUCCUGGGACACGCUCGUUGCGUUGUUCGAGAACCAGGGUGAUCUU